GGCCCAGCGUCCCGAGCAGCCGGGCCAGGCCGGAGCCAGACGGCGGGCGGGUCCCGCGCCAUGGGGCGGCUGGUGGCUCUGAGUUUGCUGGGCAUCGGGCUGGCGCUGCUGGGCGAGCGGUUCCUGGCACUCAGAAAUCGACUCAAAGCCUCCAGAGAAGUAGAGUCUGUAGACCUUCCAAACUGCCACUUGAUUAAAGGAAUCGAAGCUGGCGCUGAGGACAUUGACAUUCUUCCCAAUGGUCUGGCUUUCUUUAGUGUGGGCCUCAAGUUUCCAGGGCUCCACAGCUUUGCACCAGAUAAACCUGGAGGAAUACUGAUGAUGGAUCUCAAAGAAGAAAAACCCAGGGCACUGGAAUUAAGAGUCAGCUGGGGCUUCGAUCUGGCUUCAUUUAACCCACAUGGCAUUAGCACUUUCAUAGAUGGUGAUGACACCGUUUAUCUCUUUGUUGUGAACCACCCGGAAUUCAAGAACACAGUGGAAAUUUUUAAAUUUGAAGAAGAAGAAAAUUCUCUGUUGCACCUGAAGACAAUUAAACAUGAGCUCCUUCCAAGUGUGAAUGACAUCAUAGCUGUUGGGCCGGCCCACUUCUAUGCCACCAAUGACCACUAUUUCUCGGAUCCUUUCUUAAAGUAUUUGGAGACAUACUUGAACCUACGCUGGGCAAAUGUCGUUUACUACAGUCCAGAAGAAGUCAAGCUGGUGGCAGAAGGAUUUGAUUCAGCCAAUGGGAUCACAAUUUCACCUGAUAAAAACUAUGUCUACGUUGCUGACAUACUAGCUCAUGAAAUCCAUGUUUUGGAAAAACAACCUAAUAUGAAUUUAACUCAACUGAAGGUUCUGCAGUUGGGCACGCUGGUGGACAAUUUGUCUAUUGAUCCUUCUUCGGGUGACCUCUGGGUUGGCUGUCAUCCUAACGGCCAGAAGCUCUUCGUGUAUGACCCAAACCAUCCUCCGUCGUCCGAGGUUCUCCGCAUCCAGAACAUUCUAUCCGAGAAGCCGUCAGUGACUACAGUGUAUAUCAACAACGGGUCUGUCCUCCAGGGAAGUUCCGUGGCGACCAUAUAUGAUAGGAAACUUCUUGUAGGCACUUUAUACCAGCGAGCCUUGUACUGUGAACUCUAAAUUGCAUUUUUGGCAUGCAAGUGGCAAAAUAAUCUUUUGAUGAAUUGCAAUUCUGAGGGAAUUUAACCAUCAGUACUGACCUAGGAAUAUACCACAUGCAUAGUUAAUUUUAUUUCAAUAAGGAAAGGCCCACAAUUCUGAUGCACUUUUAGCAUCAAAAGAAAAUGAACUUUAUUAUUGUUAUUCUUUAAAUGCCAAUCCAGGGAGAAAGAAGAAGCUGCUUUUUCCUAAAGUGAAUGCGUUUUGCACAGAGGGGCUUCACCUUCGUGCCCCACCACGUAGAAGCUACUGAAACAGGCCGAGCUAUAAAAAUGCCAGCGGCUUCUGUCCCCAUGCUGUGACCACUGUGCAUGUUCAGGACUACUGAUAGAUAACAUUUUGAUGUUCUGUACUUACAGCUUUGUUUACUGGUUUACAAGUUUGAAUCGUAUUAAAGACUAACCAAAAUCAA